GAACUUGAUCCGGAGCGGGGCUGAGUGGUCAGGAGAGACGGGGGGACAGCAAGGAAGGGAGUAAAGAAUGGACCCCUCUCGUUUCUGAAUCAGCGAGAGCUGCUCUCCUCUCAUCAGUUCUUGAUGUCACUGGAAGGCAGACUCUGGAAAGAAAGGGAAGUGAGUUUGCAGGCUGGCAAAAAACCAGAGAAAUCCUAUUGGGACGUGAGAGGCUGGUCGAGAAGGAGGGAUCUCUGUUCGGAAACUCUUGGACGAGUUUGAAUAAGGCUUCUUUUGAUGUUAAGAUAUGUCUAAUGGGCACAAACUGUCAGGGUCUGGCAGUAGCCCAUCCCAGCCAAAAACAUUUCCUCCUGGGGGAAUUUCAUCAGAUUCAAAAUAUGAUGGUCUGCUCCUCACUGUGGAAAAUGUUAAAAAGCUUGAGGAAGAGUGUACAACUCCUAAAGAAGUCCUCGUUAACCAGAAGGUGGAGGAAUAUAUUAAACAAACUAAUCUCUCUUUGCUGGAGAGAGCAAGAAGCAGGAAUACUAGUAGAGAGUUCGUCCUAGAUGAAACCAAUCCUGAAGGAGUUGCUUCUCCAACAAAGCUGGAUGAAAAAUCUGGGAAAACUCAUGGGAAAACCUCUAAAGAAAUUUCAAAAGCAGAAUGUCAGACAGAUUCUCCAUCAACUCUGCAUGUUGGUUCUAAGUCAAAGGAAUCGAAGAAGUCUGUGGACAGCUCUCCCACCUCCCCUCAGAGCAGAAAGUAUGACGUGGAAGAUCUGAUGACCCAGACAGAAUGGGGCUACUCAGAGAAGUCUCUGGAUGCCCAUGAGGAUGUAUUUGGAGAAGAGGUGAGGAGUACAGAAGUCGUAGAUGAAGAAUCCGUGUCCAUCCAAAGUCAAGAUAUAGUAGUAAUCUAUACUAACAUCUCCAAAGAAAUUGAGGAGAAAGAGAAGGAAGUGGUAGUGGCAGAAGCAGCAGCUGAAAAAAUUGAGGCAGAAGAAGAGGCAUCAACUGAAAUUGAUUAUGCUGAAGGAAGAGAAGAGUACGAACAAAUCAUACUGGAUGAGCAAGAUGUAUAUUCCACCCUUUCCAAAUCUGUAGAUGAAAGAACUGAUGGAAAUGCAGCUGAAGAAGAAAAAGGGAAGAAGCUGAAUUUUGAAGCCCUGCAUGAGCUUGUUGAAAACUUACAAGACCACCGGUCUGUUUCAGAAGAGGAAACUUCUCUCCUUGAAUCAAAGGCUUAUGAUGGUGUGAAAAUAACUACUCUGUACUUAAAGGAGGGACAUGGAGAAAGUGAAAGAGAAAUCUGUGAAUUUUGUAGUGGUCCUGUAAAGCCCUUCCCAGAAGUAGAAGAUCUGAGCAUAGUGCCCCUGGAAAAGCUCUUAUGCUGCAGGACCUACAAGACAGUAUUUGAGUGUGUGAUAAAGGAGCUGCUGAUGAAAACUGAUUCUGCUGAAGAGAUUGACAUUAGCCCUCAUCCUCGUCUCUCACAAGUGCUGCUGCUCAGUGAAACCAAGAAGAAACUGGAGAAACAGUUGCGAGACAGAGGUUUUGAGAUAUACAGAGAAAUAUUUCAGCGGUAUAUGAAGUUUGCUGCCUGGACCAAAAUCUCAUUUGCAUUAGCGGACCAAAAAGAUAUAAGCGCUGUUGGUGGCAAACAUAGUCGAAAGCAGUCUACAGCUCCAGAAGAUGUGCUAGAGCUAGACACUGAGAUCAGAGCAGAACACUUAAAGAAUUGUCAUGCCAGGGAGGCUGUAAGAAGAUAUUAUCCUGAUGGGCAGAUAUUCUCUCUUCUUUUUCCAGAUGGGACAGGUCAGGUUUAUUAUCCAUCCGGUAAUAUCGCCAUCCUGAUCACGUAUGUCAACAGAGUUCUGUUUACAUACAUCAUUCUUGAGGAUAACUCUUACACAGGGAUCCGAGCGUUCUUCACCCCUCACGGCUAUGCAACAUGCUACCAUCAGAAUAGGCUCUUCUGGAUGAUUCUGGAUUUCUGCUCUGGUUCCUACUUUGAUAAGAAAGGAGUAGAACAGAAGCACUGGCGCUGGCAUGACUUCAGCCACCACGUUCAUGCUCCUCCUUUCCAGCCCAUCUCCAUGAAGCUCAAUGUUUAUAUCAGCAUUAAAGUUGUGGCUCAGGACCAAAUUUCUCUCUCAUUUGCUAAAGACUCCAACAGCAUCCAUUUUAACAUGGGGGCCAGGCUAAAGCUAAAAGACCCAGCCACACUCCACUUUAAACCAGCAGAAGACCAGCUGGAGCUCUUCCUUCAUUCCAAAAGCGUCCAGAUCAAGAAGCUCCUGGCCAAGAUGCAGAAAGCAUUGCAAGACUGGCACUGUGCUCAGGUGAAAAACAUUCCAGGCCUUGCCUCUCAUCAUUUCCUGCCUGCAUACGCUGUUGAAACAGAGACAUUAAAUCAAUGAUUUGCAGUGGACACAGAGCUUCCCAGAGACUGCUCACCAGUCAAGACAGCCAGUCAGUUCAUUGUGAAAGUAAAACUCAUUUUCAAGCUGUUAACCGUUUGCAUCUGACUGCAUGCCAAGGUAGAGUAAUUAUGGCACUGAAGAGCACAGCCUCUCAAUUUUGAAACAAAUAAUCAAUGGAUCCUGGUUAGGUCAAUGUGCACUAGCCCCCAUAAAGUGAGAAGGUGGUUCUUAGAAGUGGGAGAAAGGAGAGUAGAGCUGGCCUCAAAUUUGGUGGCAGCCUAAGCUAAACAAACACCUGCUAUAAGCCACUUUGCAUUUUGCAACCUUUUCCAGCAAAUAUACGCAAUUCCUGGAAGCUAAAAUUCACUUACAGUGAAAUGCCCAGAACUGAAUGAAGCAUAUUCUAGGGUGAUAUGACUGGUAGUGAAUGAAAAUGGUCAACUGCCCCUCUGCUCUUCUUCAUAUAGUCAAAUCUGCUAGCUUUUUUCUACUGCUAUAACAGUUUGUAUCUAAUACAAUCAAGCUUGGACCUCUCGUGUUAGGGCCUAACAGAUUUCUCACUUCCACUGAAUACCUGCCUGGCUUUCAUAUUUCUCCCACAUGCACUGGCCUGCAAUUUAACAAGUUCAGUCUCAUUUUGUUAUUUUUUGAUGAUAUUUCUAACCUUUGUAAGUCCCUUUAUUGGUUAUUACCCUUUCUUUAUAGUCCUUCAGCUAGUUUUCCACAUACAGCAGUGCUCACAGCCCAGCCCAUUUCAAUUUGUUUUUCCCAUGUACGAUUUCAAGGUGCUAUCAAAUCACAUCCCAACAUUCAGAUCUUACAUGGGCUGCAUUACCUGUGUACAUUAGUUUUUAAGCCAGUUGAGAGGUGAUCAAGUUCAUGUAGCAUGUCUUAAUCAUCACAAAUUCUGAUUCUUUAUAGCAGGGUCGUCCAACUGGCAGCCCAUGGGCUGCAUAUGGCCCACAAGGGAUUAAUUUGCAGCCUCAGGGUUGCCACUCCCUCCAUCGCUCUCCAGCCUCCUCCUCCCUCCUCUGGCUUCCACCUCCUGCCCACACCCCAGGGGGUCAGCACAAUGCCACAGGAGCUAUCAGUCUGAGAUGCUAGGGGUGGGACUGGGAAGUGGGAAAAAGUCAACAGCCAGAGAGCUGAGGGUAGGGCUGGGGUGCCCAUGAAAUGUGGUGGAGCUGGGGGAAGGCCAGGAGGGAAGGCACUAGUAUGGCAGGGUGCAACAAGAGAAGCAUUCAGUGUAACCCAUAGAGCAUGAAGCCCCCGCCCACUCAGAAGUUGGAUAGCCUUACUUUACAGCUUUGUUGUGGAUGUUUCUCUAAGACACUGUGAGAUUAUACAACCUUAGAAUAAAGUAUACCUAAUAAAAAGCUCUCUUUCAGAACCUG